ACACUGAUAGUGUAAAAUAAUUUUAUACUGUCAAUCAAUCGCAGUCAUGUUAAAUAUGAAAUCAUAUACUAAAUUAUUUACUGUUAUUCAAAAAAAAAUUAUUUGACAUGACUUGAUGAACGUCAAUGAUACACUGCUUAUUACAUAUUUGUGGUUCUCCUUGAGAUAAGAUAACCAUAUAAAAUUGUCAACCCAACUAUCAUAUAUAAAACAAGAGCCUUGCUAUUUUGACACUAGAAAAACAUACACCGUAUCUUACACCCUAUGAAUUGCAGCAUGAUUAUGUAUUUGUUUGCAUGAGAAAUAAAUAAAAUAUAAUUAUUAUACAUGAUAAACAUACAAAACCGUAGACAACUACGGUGUAGUUGUCAACAUUUAGUGUAUGAUUAGCCUUUCUCAUAAAACAAACUAUAUCACCACUUUCUCAUAACUUGAAAGAGGAAGCUCCAAACACUGGAAUGGAAGAAACAAAAUGGAUGAUGCCCACUUCACUCUUCCUCCUAACUUUCCUCAUCCUUUUGAAAUUGAUUCAAAAGAAACAAUCCAACCACAAAAACCUUCCUCCUUCUCCGCCAUCUUUACCACUCAUAGGCCACCUCCAUCUCAUCAAACAACCCUUACAUCGAAGUCUCCACAACCUCACAAAAACCUACGGCCACAUCUUCUUCCUCCACGUCGGAACCCGCAAGAUCCUUGUCGUCUCUUCACCUUCCGCAGUAGAAGAAUGUUUGUCAAACAAUGACAUAACAUUCGCAAAUCGCUCCGUAACACUUGCUGGAAAAUAUCUCAAUUACAAUAACACAACAUUAGGGUUUUCUUCUUACGGCAAACUCUGGCGCAAACUACGUCGUUUAACAACUACGGAGCUUUUCUCUUCCAAUCGUCUUGCCAUGUUCACGAAAGUUCGAGAAGAUGAAGUGAAAUUGUUGAUUAAGCAAAUAUUUGAAGGGUGCAAAGGCGAAAUAAUGUCAAAAGUUGAUCUCAAAACAAAAACUUUAGAGCUUUCUUUCAACAUCAUGUUGAGAGUGAUAUCUGGGAAGCGAUACUAUGGUGAAGAUGAUGAUGUUGCCAUAGGAGGAAAAGAGUUUCAAAUUUUGAUGAAUGAAUAUAUAGAGCUUCUUGGAAGUGGGAAUUUGAAUGAUUUUUUUGCAAUACUGGAAUGGAUUGAUUUCCAAGGGAAGAAAAAGAAGAUGGUGAAGUUGAUGAAAAAGAUGGAUAGUUUUCUUCAGAAGCUACUUGAUGAGAAACGAAGAAAUUGGAGCAAUGACCAAAGAAAUAUGACGUUGAUUGAUGUUAUGUUAGACUUGCAACAAAAGGAACCGGAAUUCUACACAGAGGAGAUUGUGAAAGGUGUUGUUCUGGUAAUGCUUGUAGCUGGCUCUGAAACUUCAGCUACAACUAUGGAAUGGGCACUCUCACUUCUCCUCAACCAUCCAAAAAAAAUGAAUAAGGUUAUGACAGAGAUAAACACUUGUAUGCAUCAAGAUCAACUUAUGAAUGAAUCAGGCGCUUUAAAACUAAAAUACUUGCAAAAGGUAAUUAUGGAGACACUUCGUUUAUAUCCCGUGGCUCCAUUAUUAAUACCACAUGAGUCCUCCAAUGAUUGCAAUGUUUGUGGUUUUGAUAUACCAAAAGGGACAAUGCUUCUUGUGAAUCUUUGGACCUUACAUAGAGACCAUAACUUAUGGGUGGACCCAACAAGGUUUGUGCCAGAAAGAUUUGAAGAAAGUGGGUUAGAUAGUGAGAUUUAUAAUAUGAUUCCAUUUGGUGUUGGAAGGAGAGCUUGUCCUGGAUCUGUUUUAGCAAAACGUUUUAUGGCAAAUGCAAUAGGGUCUUUGAUUCAAUGUUUUGAGUGGGAGAAGAUUGGAAAUGAAGAAAUUGACAUGACCGAAGGAACAGGUCUUACAAUGCCUAAAGUUGAACCUUUAGUUGCUUUAUGCAGGCCACGCCAAGUUAUGGUAAAGCUUCUCUCGAAUAUAUAAAUUAAGUAUUAUGCAGGUUGUAUUAUAUGUAAUUAAAUAAAUAAAAUUAUAUGUAAAAAAAUAAAUAAAUGUGUUGUAAGAUAAACUAAAUAAAAAUGGACACCCAAAACAUUUUUUAUUUGGUGUUGAAUUUUUAACAUAUAAUCAGGCUUAGCAUAUGAAUUUGUUGGCAUAAAGA